GAGAGUUGACCAACAGCUGCAGUCAGUCACUCGAGUAGAACUUCUCUUGUGUGUUCCCAUCAGGAGAAUAGGACCCUGAACACACCACCGCGCUGCAUUAAAGGGUCGUCCCGCCGGGCUCACAGGUGCCUCCUGAAGAAACACAAGAUAAUAGUGGACGGGAUGUCCUGUCAGAGGAGGACUGCCGAGAGCCUGCCUGCCUCUGGGGAGCCCCACUGGACUUCUGUUUGCAUCCGGGAACGUCACAUCUAAACCUGAGCAGACUUGUCAUCUGGAUUUACUGCACGCCAGGUUAAAUCUGACCUCUGACACGCUUGCUCUGUGCCCACCUUCAUGUCCGCCUUUCUAUUUGCAAGUGUGGAGAUUAUUGCUGCAGAAACUGUAUCUACUCUGAGUGAGUUUAGUUUGUAAGCCCUGCGCAUGUUGAGUGCAGCAGUGUGUGUGUGUGUGUGUGUGUGUGUGUCAGUGUGGGUUAUUCACAGAGCAGACUAUGCAGACUGACUGGAGCCACACUCAGACAGCUCGGCUGUAACGCCGGCGCUGGAGCUCUCUCACAAAAAAGGAACCUUCACAGCUGAGGAGAAAAAAAAGUUGUGCUGGAGUCCUGGUGGAGAGUGCGGAGCAGCAGAUGUUACACAGCUUUGUGUACUAGUGCGGAUUAUUCAGGAUGCUGCUAUGCAGACAGACUGGAGCCACAGAAAAACCUCCUGGACAAGCUGAAGUAGCACACACAUGACUUGAGCUGCUUGUGCUACAGCUUUUAUCAGGAAGGUGGGAUUUGUUUGAAAGUCAGAGAAAGUUCUUGAGUCGGAUCACCGCUGUUUUAUUUUGAAUUUUGUGGAGGAUGAAGUGCCAUUGAAAGUCUUUUUUUUUUGUUGACUCUUGCUUCAACUGUGGGUGAAAAUGAAGGACCCCCAUCCACUGAGUCAUUCCUGGAAUAAAGCCAGCAACAAGGAGCCAGUGCUGAUCUCUGUGGCGAGCACCAACAAGAAGUUCAAGAGAAAGUCCCGUGAGCCUAAAAGGCUUUUCAGCAGCCCAGAGCCGGACAGGACCAAGAGUUACCCGGCGGACACGUCGGACCUGGACUCUGUGGAGGAUCCUCACGCGGAGCCGUGUCAUGUCAGCAGACUGGCUCCGCUGCAGCGACACCUGAUGCUGUCACCGGAGGUCAGCGUGCCUCCAGUGGGGGCAAUAGACAUGAGGAUAGGCAGCGCUGUACCUGGCAUCACAUCCAAGCUCACCCCGCUGCCCACCGCUCCAUUCUCAAGUCCAGAAAUUGGCCACUGGCCCACAGCCAUCUCGCAGCCCCUCACCAACAGAUUCAAACUUGCGCCUCGCUCUGCGUUCACCCUGUCUUCCGGCAACAGCAGCCUCUCGCCCAGCAGCCAGGUCUUCCCUCACACCCCGCCGCAUUCUGCGCCCGUGUCCCGAGCGUCACAGAUAAGCCACUGCCACGAUCACCUGGAGCCUCAGGAACACUCCCCCAAGGAGUCGCCCAGAAAGCGAGGCGUCACCGAUGGACAGGGGCGUGUUCCAGAGGUUAAAGCCAUCCAGCAGACCAGGAGGCUGCUGGCCAAUGCCCGGGAGAGGACUCGUGUUCACACCAUCAGUGCUGCAUUCGAGGCCCUUCGGAAGCAGGUUCCCUGCUACUCCUACGGACAGAAACUGUCCAAACUGGCCAUACUGCGCAUCGCCUGCAACUACAUCCUGUCUCUGGCUCAGCUGGCAGAGCUGGACUACAGUUCUGACCGCAGCAGUGUGACCUUCUCCCAGUGUGUGGAGCAGUGCACCAGGACUCUGCAGGCUGAGGGGCGCAGCAAGAAGAGGAAGGUCGGGAGGAUGUCUGAGGACCUGUGAGCAUUUGGGAGUGGCAGGUCGACCGCACCAUCUUGACCUCUUCAUCACAGAGCUCAAGGAGAGGGCGAUCUUGUGAGGACUAUGACAUUCAUCUGGCAGUGAUAUUGGACGAGUGACCUGCUGCUGACCGGUCCUGUACAGGUCGCUUGUGAAUGGGGGUGAUGUAUGGAGGAUACUAUCAUGCAUCUUCAUGAACAUUUGUCAGGUUGCUCUGCUCUUGCUAUUCAUUUGAUGGGUUUUGCCAUGAGAAGUUGGAGCCCAGACCCCAUGGUUACCCGCACCCCAAGAUUUCAGAGUUGCGAUGUGAAACACUGAACACUCCAACAUGUCCAACAUGUGAUGACAGACUACGCCGCCUCCCUCUAAUACGCCUGUUACUGAUCGGAUGACUGGUUGGAUUCCUUCAACAUCCUUUGACUGGUGCUGACCACUGCAGAUCAGUGCUUUCAUCGUUGGUUGAUGGUCAUAAUGUAAUGGCUGGGUUAUGGGUGUACAUCCUCGACGUCUUUUUAAUAAUCUGACACGCUACUCACGUCUGUUAAUGUAAGCUAACAUGAAGAGUUGAAACAGAGCUCAGCUUGAAGUUUCAGUCCAGAUUUAGUUCAGUACUACCAAAGGUGUUUUUGUCUUUCCACACAGAACCAGGUGUCUUUCUUUUCACAAAGAGACAAUGCUGAUCAAUCACAUCUGUUCAACCUGGCUGAUAAAAACAUUUCAUUUUUUGUGCUCUUCCACAAGAGUCAUGCUGGAGUAACCUCAAAUGGAAACAAAGCCUCAGUCAGAGGAGGCUUCUGUGGCUGAUAUUGUAUUUCAUUUGGAAUUUAAAGAUCGGGAGUAAAAUCCUCGUAUGGAAUGAUUUGUGAAUCUCUGAGAGGUGUUUUGUCCACAAAAAUAUAACAUGAAAAAAACAUAUUGGGAUUUGUAUUUAUUUAAACUCCAUGUGAAUGGGCAAGAAGUGUUAACGUUUUUCCCAACUCCGCUCAGAGAUGGUUCCAGCACCAACAACCCUGGCUCACAUGGACGAUGGUGGACUAAGACAUUUGUAGGAAUGAACUUUGAGCGAUGCUCCCACUAAUCUUGGACUAGUGAGGGCCAUCAGAACAUCAGGUGUGACAGACAUUUACUCAUUGUAGAAAUGUUCGGCAGUAACAAAUGUUCAUGAGGGAGUGAUGCGGAUGUAUCUUAUCAGUGACAGUGUUUGAGUUGAAAUGACAGUAUGACAGACAUGCAAGAGAUAAAACAAUAAUA